GUUCAGUUGCGGCCAGCGUUGUCAACGGACGUCUCUUCAAAAAGCUUUCGAUAGCGCGAGCUUACGAAAAACAAAAACACAAACAGCAGCAAAAAAACAAAAGACGAAAGACCAAAAACAAACGCAAGCGCAAGCGCAACGGCUAAAAGCACAAAAAGAAGAAGAAGCUCACGACGCAGCAGCAGUCGCGCAGUAGCAGCAGCAGCAACGGCACCAGACCAGUAGAAGAAGUGAACAGAAGAGAUGCAAAUGCAAAGUAAACAACGCUGAAGAACAACAACAAAACUACUGUGCGUGUCCGUAUGUGCGUGUGUCACUUCGUUCGCGCGUGUUGUCUGUGUGUGUGUGUGUGCGUGUAACGAAAGUAAAAAUUGAUGCCCGAAAAGCGAAAUUACCAAUAACCGAAAUACCAUUAAAAGCAAACUAAACAAAAGCAAUAACAACAAAAAGUAAGAAGCAACAGAGGAAGAAGAAGAAGCAACAGCAGUGGCAGCAACAAGCCAAAAAUCGUGUGGCAUAUUUUUUUUUGUAUUUUUGUUUUUGUGUGUCAUUUUGUGCAAAGUGCUAAAAAGUGAAUUUGAAAUAUCAAAUCGGCGCCGCAGCAGCAACAACAACAACAACAACAGCAGCAACAGGUGGGCAACAACAACAUGGCUAAUUAAUUGCCUGCAAACAGAAAUCGUGUUGCAUGCCGAAGCUUAUUGAAGUUGAUCAUUAUCACGAUCACGAUGUCCUUUGCGAGGAGCGAGGUGAGGGCAUUGCUGCGCAAGGAUCUGCUCGCGCUGUGGCGUCAAAAGGGUUUAACUCUGACGCUGCUGUUAUUUCCGGUCCUCAUCUUUAUGCUGCUCUACAUCAUCCGGCUCAAGUAUGACUCGCAACCGAUCGACGCUUGUCAGUUUCCCACUCGCCUCCUCCCCACCAAAAAUCAAGUGGUGCCCAGCGCAUUUUCCUACAUCUGCAGUCUGGAGAACAAGUGCCUGAAGACCGAACCCUACGAGGAGUACUCCAAAUGGCAAGAAGCGCCUUUGCACUCUGUGAUCGAGGUGAUCAAUGUUUUUGUGACCGACGAUCGAUUGUACAAUGCGGUCAUCGAGCUGCCCGAGAAGGCGAACUUUGUCAGCGCUGUGACAACUCUGGUAACGAGCAGCCACUUUGACAUCAUCAGCAGCAACAUUAGUCAGAUUGUUUCGCUGGUGCCACGCAUCGAACGCUUGAUGAACUACAGCUUCGAUAUCACAAAACUCUUUUCAAAUCGUGAGACUUUUGUCAAGUUUGGCAUCUUGCUUUGCGGACAUCCGUUCCCCAGCACGGAAAGCAUUCCGCUGGUCAACGAUAUACUCUACUCCGAGGACUUUAGCGAGGUCAACGAUGACGAGUUGCGUGCCAUGCCAACUAAGUAUUGCAAGCGUUUAUACCUGGAUGUGACAUCGACCAAUCAGGGCAAGCUCACUUGGAAUGUGCUCAAGCCGAUCAUACAGGGCAAGAUCUUGUACACGCCGCCCAAUGCGGAUACCGAAAGCAUUGUGAAGUUUACCAACGCUACGUUUGAGGAACUGCAGCGUGUUCAGAAAUUGGGCCAUGCGGCGGCCGAGAUCUUGAAUAAACUGCACACGAAUGCAACCUUCCAGGAGGCCUUCGAGGGGCUGCUGAAGCUGGCGCGAUCGCCGCUCGUCAAGAGCCUGGUGGGCGACGAGUUCGACAUCGAUGAGAUCGAGCGGAUUAUGAACUAUGUGCGGACCAAUAAGCUGAUACAUCAGAUACUCAACACGAUCAGCGAUCUGCUCGAGUGUCUCUCUGUCGAUCGUUUCGAGGCGGUGUCGAGUGUGCAGCAACUGCAGCAUCGCGCUUAUGAACUGAAUCAGGAGCGUCUCUUUCUGGCUGCGCUCAACUUUGAGAAUGUGUCAGACAAUGAGAUUAGCUACAAAAUUCAUAUGGACACGGAGAAUACGCAGCCAACGUUUGAGAAUAAGAAUCGGUUCUGGUUCCCAGGACCAGCGGGCAGCAUGCUUGUCGAUCUCAAGUAUCAUCGUGGCUUUGUGCAGCUGAAGCAGCUCGUCGAUCUCGGCAUCAUCAAGCACAAGCGUCAACAAUUGGGACCAAUUGAGUCGGAGCAAGAGUCCGAAGCGGAGGCAGCGGCACGUCCUCGGGUCACAGUGCAAAGUGUGGACGAUGAUCUCUUCGAUGACGAUGAUGAUGAUGAUUUUGGUUUCGAUUCGAAACCAGCGGAAACUACAACCGUAAAUGCUUUAGCGGAGGCAACGACAACAAUGCCACAACUAGAUGAAGAGAAGGAAGAUAGCGUAGCAGAGACAACCACUUCGACAGAGCAAGUUGAUGUUGGUACCACAAUCAAACCGGAUAUUUUGGUGCUCUCCGACAGCGAGUUGCCGGAUGUCCGCAGCGAUCGUGUGAAGCGAGCUGGACUCCUCGAUCUGCUGAGCAGCUUUGGCGGCGAUUCCCCCGAGGCCAAGACCAUCAAAUUCGAUGUCGAUGACAUGCAAUUCUACACCAAACAGUUUCCCUAUCCCGCCUAUGCCAAGGAUGACUUUAAGCGUGGUCUCUAUCUCUCGCAGGCGGUGCAAGUGGCCUAUUGCCUCGGUCUCGUUAUUGUCGUUGCCAUUUGUGUGCGCGAACGCAUUUGGAUGCGAGAGAGUCGUAAUAGCAUGCUGAUGCGUUCCAUGGGCCUGCGAGCACACUCCGAGCUGAUUGCCUGGUCUCUGAUGAGUUUCAUGGAGCUGUUUGUGAUCUUUGUGCUGAUCAGCUUGGUGCUCUACUCUGGUGGAAUUCUCGCCUAUACCAAUUGGUUCUUUAUGAUGUUCUAUUGCCUAGUCUUUGGCGCUUGUCUCAUAUCAUUCUGUUAUAUGUGCUCCAACUUCUUUGUAUCUGCUAACAUUGGUGCAGUGGCUGCCGCUUUGCUGUUCUUCAUCACAUUGUGUCCAUACAUUAUUGUGCUGCUUUUCGAUGCCAAGCUGAAUCUCUUUGAAAGUUUUCUCGUUGAUCUCUCCUUAACAACGGCCUUCGCCAAGGGCUGGAGUGAACUGAUGCGCAUGGAGUUGCAACAGCAGGGCUUGGGAGUCGGUCAUCUCUUUCAGCUUGGUCCAGCUCGCAGUGAAUGCGCUUUGUCCUUGCUGAUGUUCGUGCUCAAUAUGUUCAUCUAUGCGGCUAUUGGAGAUACCUAUCAGCGCUACAAGAAGAACAAUUACAGAUUUGUGCGCGUCACUCGAGCUCAACUGGACGCCAAGUUGGGCGCCUCGCUGCGAAGCGUGACCAAGAUGUAUGGCAACAAGUUCGCGGUGUCGAAUCUCAGCCUGGACUUUGCACGCAACCAGGUCAGCUGCCUGCUGGGCAGAAACGGAGCGGGCAAAAGCACGCUGAUCAAACUGCUCACGGGUCAAACGGUGCAGACGACGGGUCAAGUGCUGCUCGCUGGUGAGCACAAUGUGGGCGUCUGUUGGCAGGAUAACAUCCUGAUUCCAACGCUGACGGCACGCGAACAUCUCGAGAUGUAUGCCCAGCUGAAGCUCGAGGCAGCUGGCAGCGCGCAGGAAAGCGAUCUGCAGCAGAAACUGUCGACAGCGGAUCAGGAAGUGCGACGAACGCUGCAGAGUCUCAAUUUUGGAAAAUACGAGAACUAUUUUGCCCAUCAGCUGUCGGGCGGCUAUAAACGACGUCUCUGUGUCGCGAUUGCAUUCAUUGCCUCGCCAAGUGUCGUCAUCCUCGAUGAGCCGUGCAACGGCGUCGAUGCCAAGGCCCGCAAGGAUAUCUGGCUGCUGAUCGAGCAGCUGCGCCAAGGACGCGCCGUCAUCUUUGCCACACACUUCCUUGAUGAAGCCAAGUACUUGAGCGAUGCGCUCUUCAUCAUGCAGAACGGCCGCAUUGUGGCGCAGCACAGUCGGGACUCGUUGCAGCGCCUCUGCACCUCGGACUACAGCAUUGAGAUGCGUUGUCACGAUGCCAGCGCCUCGUCCGCCAUUGUGGAGCAGGCUCGACAGCUGCUCAAGGAUUGUCAAGUGCUGCCCAGUUCGAGCCAGCAAUCAGGAGCUCAACAGUUGAUCAUCAGCGCUAGUUAUGCCCAGAAUCUGACUCCGAGUGCUGUGAGAUUCUUGGAACAGUUGCAGGCACAGGAAUUGUCGGGCAACAUAAGUGAGCUGUCGUUGAACAGCAGUUCGAGUCUGGAACAGGAGUUCGAGCAAUUGAAUCGCAGCAUUGAAGCACACACUUCAACAAAUACACAACUGAACAGCAACAGCAACAGCAGCAGCAACAACAACACAAUUGUCACGGGUCCCGCCGAUGUGACUGAGCAAGCGCCCAGCAGCUGGUCACAAUUCGUGCUGCUCAUGGGAAAGAGACGUCGUCAUCUUUGCCGCAACUAUCGCCUGCUGCUCUACGUGCUGCUGUUGCCGGCGAUCUUUGAGCUGUUUGCCAUGUGGUUCGUUAGCUAUCGCCUCGAGGAUGACUUCGAUACCGUGUUGCCCCUCACACGUGCCCUCUAUCCGCACUCCACACAACUUCUGAGUCGCCAGCGACUUGGCAAGUUCGGCGAACCGCUCUACGAACAUCUGCGCAGCGACUGCGACUCGAGCUUCGAGUGCAACGAGUUCAACAACUCGCGUCAGGCAUUCUACUGGGUACUCAAUAGUCUCGACGAGUAUCGAGAACGUCGCUAUGGCGGCUACUCGCUGAAUGGCAGCGGCGCUACGGUCUGGUAUAAUAACAAGGGGUAUCAUGCGAUGCUCGCCUGGUUGAACGAUCUCAAUGCGCACAUUUUGCGCACAACUCUCAACAGCAGCGACUUUGAGUUGCGCACCUUCAACGAACCGUGGAAACUAGGAUUUGCCGAGCUAAGCACGAGUUCGGUGCUGCGUCAGGCUGGCGACUCCUGCAUGGUCUUCAUUCUGCUCAUCGCCUUUGGUCUCGUUGUUGCUGCUGGCUCCGUUUAUCUCGUCAACGAGCGCGUCAAUGGCGAGAAGCUGCAGCAGCGACUCAGCGGAGUGAGUGCCAUCACCUAUUGGCUGGUCGCCUUCGUCUGGGACUAUCUGAUCAUGGUGCUCGCUCUGAUCGUCUGUCUGGCCAUUGUCUUCAUCUUCAACAUGCCCGUGUUCGUCGAUCGACAGCAGCUCGCUGGAAUUGUCGUGCUCUCGCUGAUGUUCAGCUUCGCCUGCGUGCCAGCCGUGCAUGUGAUAGAGAAGAUCUUCAGCGACUCAAGCAUCGCGAUCGUUUCGAUCUUCUGCGCCAACAUCAUCAUUCCGCUGGUUACCAUGGGCAUUAUUCUCAUCCUAGGCGUGGUGGCCGAGGGCAGUGACUGGGACAGCUUGCGCCAUGGGCUGAACAGCGCUUUCCUCGUCUUUCCACAGCACGCGUUGGGCGAUGGACUGCUCGAGUUGUGCAAGAACUAUAUGGUGGCGAUCGUCUUCAAGCGCUAUGACAUCGAUUCCUACAAGCAUCCGCUGGCCAGCGAUCUGUUGCAGCGUCAUUACACCGCGCUGGCUGUGGUGGGCGUGAUUGGCCUUGUGCUCAACGUGCUGAUUGAGUGUCAUGUGCUGACGCGUUGGUGGCAACAGCUUAGCAGCCAGCUCGACUGUCAGUAUCGCAAAGAACUACAACGUCUUGGCCAACUGAAGAUGGUCAAUAUCCAGAGUAUCUACAAGAGCUGUGUGGGCGCCAAUGAGGCGCUGCGUGUCGACAAUCUGUGGCAUGCCUACCGCCGUGGACGCUACGCAGUGCGGCACGUCAAUUUUGGCGUGCAACACGGCGAAUGCUUUGGGCUGCUGGGCAAAAAUGGCGCUGGCAAAUCGACCAUCUUCAAGCUGCUGACGAAACAGCUGCUGCCCGACAUGGGACACAUUCACUUUGAGCACCCCAGCCUCUCGUACUGCCCACAGACGAAUCCCUUGGACCCACUCCUUACCGUGGCAGAGUGCAUCCGUAUCUAUGGGCAGCUGCGAGGCGUCAAACAGCUGGAUGAGCUGCUGGAGCGCAUACUCGAGACGUACGAGCUACGCAGCUACCGCGACAUCCAGGUGAAGCGACUGAGUGGCGGCAAUCGACGCAAGUUGACGGUGGCGAUCACAUGCUGCGGCUACACACCGACGGUGCUGAUGGAUGAGCCAACGAGUGACAUGGAUCCGGUGACGCGCUCGUUUGUCUAUCGCACCAUCGAACAGCUGCUCGGAGCGCGUCGCGCUGUGCUGCUGACAUCGCAUUCGAUCUCCGAGAUUGAGCAUUUGUGCCAACACGUUGCGGUGCUCAAGGAUGGCCAAAUCGUGGCCAGCAAUACGCCCGCACAGCUGAAGGCGCAGCACGGUGGCUACUAUGCGAUCAGUUGCUUCUGUGCGCCCAUCCAACAGGCGGCGAUUGCGAAGAUGUUGCCACAACGUUUGCCCGGCGCCAUGGAGUUGCAGCACUAUGCGCACAGCUUGCGGUUUCUGGUCAAGGUGCGGCAGGCGGGAUCCACGCAUCCGCAUGGGCAUCAACCAACGCUCUCAGAGCUCUUCGAUGUGGUGCGCGAGAUGUCGAACAGCUUGGAGCUGCCGGCGCACUUUGCCAUCGGUCGGUGUCGCUUCGAGGCGGUAUUCGAGCGCAUCCUCGACAGCUGUGAGGCAGCAACUGCGGCAACAUCGGUGGCAACAACGAAUGGCAACCAUCAAGAUCUGCCCAGCAAAUCGCCGGCUGUCAGCGGCACCUUGGAGACGGGCUACACUCACUGCGGCUACGAGGAGACCUCCACUUAGUUUUCUUUUUCUUUCAAUCAACUCUAUUUUUUACUGUAUAGACAAGAUACGUUUUUUUUUUUUUUUUUUUUGCUGUCGAUGUGUGUGAUAAGAUAGAACGCUUCAGGCCAGUGAUAAGUUUAUGUCAAUCUCUCUCUCUCUCUCUCUCUCUUUAUUUUUCUCUUGGGUGUUCUGUUAGCUGUAAUCUUGAAUUUCGGGUUUUUACAUGUUAGACGAAUUUAGAGCUUUAAAACGAAAUAUUAGCUUAAUAUAAGUCAUUCUGUAUGUCGCCGGCAAGUGCAAUGCAAAAAGAAAACGUAAAUGAAAAAACAAUCAUCAAUUUAGCUCUCAACUUAUGCAUAGCAUUUUAAACAACACUUAACUAUUUGUAUCCAUGGAGUAUCGAGCACAAAAUGAGUUCACUGAAUGCAUUUCUUUCUGUUUUGUUUUUUUUUUUAUUAUUUAGUUUGAUUUUUAUGCUAUGGACGAUUAUCUCUCUUCCCAAGUAUAAAGCACUCAUAUUUGCUGCUUUUAUACUAUGGAAGAUUUGAUGGAAUUAUAAGUAAUAAUGCUGUUUGGGGAGUUAAGUAUAAUCAUAUAUAAAUCUUCGGAUUAAUUACUUUGAUAUCGUUAUUGCCUAAGGGAGUAUUAGUUUAACUAAAUACGUAUUUCAAACAAAUUGUAAUCAUAAUUGAUGUAAUAAAUUACUUGAAUUGAGCUUCAUAUGC